CGGCACCAGUGCCACCAGGACAGCAUGAGGCAUCUGCAGCCAUGUGAAUCGAUAUACUUCGCACUUUCACUUACCAUAUGCAUCCCCUGCAACCUACCAUAGCAUCCCCAACUUGCCGCCAAAGACAUUACAACGCAAGCAUACAUGUAUCAUGCUCGGUUGUUCUGAAAGCGCUGCAGACAUGGCCACGGAUCUUCUUCAAAAAAUCUUCUAGAAGCUUCCUCUUCAAGACAAGCAGCAGCAAGCAUAGCAUCGACAGAGCACUGGCACGGCAAGCGGCACGAGUUGCAGGACUUCCAGUACUUGCAGGAGGGAUUGCAGUACUUGCAGGAGUUGCAGGAGUUGCAGCAGGAGUUGUAGCAGGAGUUGCAGCAGGAGUUGCAGCAGGAAUUGCAGCAGGAAUUGCGGCAGGAGUUGCAGCCGGAGUUGGCUUCAUAUCAUCAAGAGAUCAACGGCACGGCAAGUUGCAGGACUUGCAGGACUUGCAGCACUUGCAGGAGUUCCAGGAGGAGUUCCAGGAGGAGUUGCAACAGGAGUUGCAGCCGGAGUUGGCUUCAUAGCAUCAAGAGAUCAACGGCACGGCAAGUUGCAGCAGGAGUUGCAGCAGGAGUUGCAGCAAUAGUUGCAGCAGGAAUUGCGGCGGAGUUGCAGCCGGGGUUGGCUUCAUAGCAUCAAGAGAUCAACGGCAUGGCAAGUUGCAGCAGGAGUUGCAGCCGGAGUUGCAGCCGGAGUUGCAGCCGGAGUUGCAGCAGGAGUUGCAGCAGGAGAUGGCUACAUAGCAUUAAAAGAGCAAAUGGCACGACAAGUUGCAGGAGAAAACUCUUAUGUAGAUAAAAUAGCUUUUUAUCG